CAGGAAUUCGUAAGUCAUAUAUUUUCAUGGACAGAAUGGUAAUUUUGCACUUACUUGAAAUCUGUAAACCGUCACGAAGACGAAGCUAGAAAAGAGGCUGGCAGACGGCAGAAGGCUAAUCAAAGCAACACAGUGAAAGAAAAUGGAAAGGUCGGUAUCCCUCCUUCUAACAUGCGCAUUUAGCCUCACAUUGCUAGCCUGCGCCACCGCUCUCCGCCAGGGACCGGAAUUCCUACGCCAAAUCACCGACGGCGAGAUUAUCAACAGUCUCCCGGCGGGGAGCGAGAGGAAGUUCGUGAUGUUUAUGGAGAAGUACGGGAAAAGCUAUCCGACGAGGAAGGAGUAUUUGCACCGGUUGGGGAUUUUUGCUAAGAAUUUGGUGAGGGCGGCGGAACACCAGGCGUUGGAUCCGACUGCCAUGCAUGGCGUGACGCAGUUCUCGGACUUGUCGGAGGAGGAGUUUGAGCUGAUGUUUAUGGGUGUGAGAGGCGGCGUAGGGGGAGCGGAGUUGCUGGAGAUGAAUCAGGCGGAGGAGAUGACGGCGGAGGGAUUGCCGGAGAGGUUUGAUUGGCGGGAGAAGGGGGCUGUUACUGCGGUUAAGAUGCAGGGCACGUGCGGAUCGUGCUGGGCAUUCAGCACGUGUGGGGCAGUGGAGGGCGCGAACUUCAUAGCCACCGGAAAGCUACUUAGCCUCAGUGAGCAACAGCUCGUGGAUUGCGACCACACGUGCGAUCCAACGGACAAGACCGCCUGCAACAACGGCUGCAAUGGCGGCCUAAUGACCAACGCCUACAAAUACCUAAUCCAAUCCGGCGGCCUCGAGGAGGAAUCUUCAUACCCGUACACCGGCCACCGCGGCGAAUGCAACUUCCAGUCCCACAAAAUCGCGGUCAGAGUUUCCAAUUUCACCACCAUUCCCAUCGACGAGGACCAGAUCGCCGCCCACCUGGUCCACCGCGGCCCGCUCGCCGUCGGACUCAACGCCGUGUUCAUGCAGACUUACAUCGGCGGCGUAUCCUGUCCCUUGAUCUGCGGGAAGAGAUUCGUGAACCACGGCGUUCUUCUGGUCGGGUACGGCGACGAAGGCUUCUCGAUUCUGCGGUUUCGGAAAUUGCCGUACUGGAUUAUCAAGAACUCCUGGGGAGAACGGUGGGGGGAGCAGGGUUAUUAUCGGCUGUGCCGCGGCCAUGGCAUGUGUGGAAUGAAUACUAUGGUUUCGGCCGUCGUCACUCAGGCCUAGAUUUUAUUCUUAUAGGUUGCAUUUCAUGUUUUUUUAAUUCCGUACUGUUUUAGAUUUCCACAUUUUUCUUGUUUUUAUUUAUAGACGAAUACUUCAAUUUAUAGAAUUAAUUAACUAUAGGUUUAAUAUA